AUAUUGAUGGCUGCCUUUAGUAGCUGAUUUUGGUAUACAUAUAAACUAGUCGCGUAAAUAUUAGAUAGCCAUGGAAAUACUACAAGAAAAUAAGUGAAUUUCCUGUAUUGCCCUCAAUGCCACAUGCACUUAUAAAUUCCCACCAUCCAUUACCAAAACUCCAAAACAUAUCUUGUUGUGCAACCAAUAAUAUGGCUACUUCCUCUUCCAACCAAGUUACAAUCAUUCUUUUUUGUUUACUAUCUACAAUCAUCUUUAACUCAUCAUCACUAGUUAUGUGUAAUUCCAUGAUGGUUCAUUGUGAUGAGAAGGAUGAGAGCACAUUGCUCAAGUUUAAACAUGAAGUCACAGAUCCUUCUGGAGUACUCUCAUCUUGGUCUUCUGAUGAAGUAAAAGAUUGUUGUCAGUGGAAAGGAGUUCAUUGUGAUAACAUCACACAUAGAGUUACAGAGCUUCAUCUCCCUUGUGAUACAAUCCAAUCUGAUGAAAUAAUUGAUAAAGAUAAUGAGAAACCGCACUGUCUAACAGAGUUACACUUAGAUGAUUGCAGUCUUAAAGAUAUAAAUCCAUCUCUUCAGUAUGCUAAUUUGACUUCACUUAAGGUUCUUAGUCUUGCUUCCAAUGACUUCUCAUCAAUCUUGCCUUCUUGGUUAUUCAAUCUUAGUCACAUCUCAUACAUUGACCUUUCAGAGAAUUACCUGCAUGGCCAAUUACCUCAAACACUACCAAAAUUUCAUCAAAGCAUUGAAUCCUUGUGUUUGUAUAUCAAUGAUCUUGAAGGACCCAUUCCAGAUUGGUUAGGCCAACUUGAUAAACUGAAAGCACUUGAUCUUUGUUAUAAUAAUUUUGAUGGUCAAAUCUCAACAAUUUUGGAAAACUUACCAUCCUUAUUGAUUGAAUUGCGUCUGUACUCAAAUUUCUUGACAGGAACUGUCUCUGAAAAGAACUUUCAUUUGCUUUCCAAGUUAAAGAUUUUAGGUUUAGGCUCAGAAUACUUAGUCUUUGACUUUGAUACCAAAUGGAUCCCUUCUUUUCAACUUCAAAUCUUGGUUUUGAAAAAUCCUGGUCCCAAAUUUCCAUCAUGGAUAUAUACACAAAGUUCUCUAGAAUAUCUGUACAUUGGGAACUCAAGGGCUUCAUUUGAACCUCUUGAUAAGUUCUGGAAGUUUGCUGCUCAACUUGAAGUUUUGGUGUUGGUAAAUAACUCCAUCAAUUCUGACAUCUCAAAUGUGUUGCUUGAUUCCAAAGUUGUAAUCAUGCAAUUGAAUAACUUUAGAGGCAGUGUGCCUCAAGUGUCAUCAAAAGUGACUCAUUUGGAAUUGUCUUAUAACAAUUUGUCUGACAUUUCUCCUUUCUUAUGUCAAAAGAUGAAGGGGAAAAGGAAUUUAGAGACUUUGUUCAUAUCUGAUAAUGCAUUAUCCGGAGAGAUUCCAAAUUGUUUGAUGAAUUGGACAUCAUUACUUCAAGUUAAUUUGGGGAACAAUAAUUUGAGUGGCAAAAUUCCUCACUCAAUUGGCUCAUUGUCUAGACUAAUUUUUUUGAGUUUGGAAGGAAAUAUGUUAUUUGGAGAGAUACCUCUGUCAUUAAAAGAUUGCAAAAAUCUUCGAUACCUUAUUCUAGGCGAAAAUGCAUUUUCUGGAACUAUACCAAGCUGGAUCAAUCAAAGAAUAAAAAUACUCCAAUUAGGAUUUAAUCAAUUCAGUGGUAAUAUCCCAAUUGAAGUAUGUCAUUUUUAUUCUCUCAAGAUAUUGGAUCUUUCAAAUAAUAAAUUAUCAGGGUCAAUACCUAACUGUUUGCACAAUAUGAGAAGUAUGAUUUCUCCAUAUGCUUCAAUGGAUGUGUUCAAGAUUCUUAGCCCCACAAAAUAUACCAAAAGAGGUUUCAGUUAUGUAUACUUUAGGGUAGUUACAAAGUAUAUGGUAUUACAUUUUGUACAUUCAAUAUGCCUUGUUGAUCUUUCAAGCAACAAUUUCUCUGGAACAAUACCAUCAGGGUUAUUUAUGCUCACUGGAUUGCGAUCUUUAAAUCUGUCCCACAAUCAAUUAAUGGGAUCGAUUUCACAACAUGUUAGCAACUUGACACUGCUGGAAUCUCUUGAUCUCUCAAACAAUUUAUUUUCCGGACAAAUUCCUCAGUCCAUGUCUGGUAUGUCUUUUCUUGGAGCCUUGAAUCUUUCAUGCAACAAUUUUGAAGGCAAAAUCCCAUUGGGAACACAACUUGAGAGUUUCACAAACCUUAGCUAUGCUGGAAAUCCAAAACUUUGUGGACCUCCACUCACAAAACUUUGCCAACAAGAUGAGAAACUACCGAACGAAAAACAGAAGAGAGAAGAAGAUGAUGAUGAUGAUGAUAGCUCUGAAGUAUGGUCAUGGUUUUUUAUGGGGUUGGGAAUUGGAUUUGCCACAAGCUUUUGGGGAGUAUUGGGUGCUAUUCUUUUCAACAGAAAAUUCAGACAUGGUUAUUUCAGAUUUCUAAAUAUAUUCUAUGACAUUCUGAUCCGCUGCUUCCAUAGUCCUUAUUGGAGUGAAUAUUGCUUUGGCUAAGCUGUUUGAUCAUCACCAAGAAGCUCCACAGGUUGCAUACAUGAUACAUGUGAAUUACUUUGAUUAGAUGUAAUUGCACUUUUUAAUUUUAUUUUUUUACGUUUUCUGUACAAGUUCUGUAAGAUAUGUUUGAAGAUGUGUGCUUUGUUACAUAAUACCAGAAACACAUAACUGGGAACAUGCUAUGUUUUUUAUUA